AUUGGACCAUGCAAACUAGAAAUGCCAUUUCUUGGAUAAAGGAAGAGAUUACUCGAUCCAUUUCCGUAUCGCUCAUAAUAUAUAUAUUAAUUCGAGCACCUAUUUCAGAUGCAUAUCCCAUUUUUGCACAACAGGGAUAUGAAAAUCCGCGAGAAGCGACAGGUCGUAUUGUAUGUGCCAAUUGCCAUUUGGCUAAUAAGCCCGUGGAUAUUGAAGUUCCACAAACGGUACUUCCCGAUACUGUAUUUGAAGCGGUUGUUCGAAUUCCUUAUGAUAUGCAAAUCAAACAAGUUCUUGCUAAUGGUAAAAAGGGGGCUUUGAAUGUCGGGGCUGUUCUUAUUUUACCGGAGGGCUUUGAAUUGGCCCCCCCCGAUCGUAUUUCACCCGAGAUUAAAGAAAAGCUGGGUAAUCUCUCUUUUCAAAGCUAUCGUCCCACAAAAAAAAACAUUCUUGUGGUAGGUCCUGUUCCCGGCCAGAAAUAUAGUGAAAUCACCUUUCCUAUCCUUUCCCCCAAUCCCGCUACUGAGAGAGAUGCUCACUUCUUAAAAUAUCCAAUAUAUGUAGGCGGGAACAGGGGGAGGGGUCAAAUUUAUCCCGACGGGAGCAAGAGUAAUAAUACUGUGUAUAAUGCUACAGCAGCGGGGAUAGUAAAAAAAAUCAUACGAAAAGAAAAGGGGGGAUACGAAAUAACUAUAGCGGAUGCAUCGGAUGGACGUGAAGUGAUUGAUAUUAUACCUCCAGGACCGGAACUUCUUGUUUCGGAGGGUGAAUCUAUCAAACUUGAUCAACCAUUAACGAGUAAUCCUAAUGUGGGUGGAUUUGGUCAGGGGGAUGCAGAAAUAGUACUUCAAGAUCCGUUACGUGUCCAAGGUCUUUUGUUCUUCUUGGCAUCGAUUAUUUUGGCACAAAUCUUCUUGGUUCUUAAAAAGAAACAAUUUGAGAAGGUGCAAUUGUCCGAGAUGAAUUUCUAAUUUACAGGUCCGCGAAUUUAUGAACAUAUUAAGCCUAAGCCGGUAAAAGAACUAAAUUUUAGUCGAUAAAUUCUGUACUGUAAUUCUAUUCUGUAUAAUCAAAAAUUUAAGAAAAAGGACCGAACCUUUGAUUCUUUCGAGUCUUUUUCUACCGUAUUUAGAGAAUUCCUUGUACUGCAGUACUAGUCAGUCAUAGUAUAUAUAGUGAAGAAGACUAUUUUACUUUGCCUUUUUUCAACCCAAUAAAUUAGAGCAAUAUGAUUAUGUCACUGUUUUCAGAUUUCAAUGUCCUACAAUAGAAAACAAUUAUUAGUUCUUUAUUGUUGUAAUAUAAGCAAAAUAGUUGGAGAAUAUUAAGCACAGUAGAAAUCAAAAUAGGGAAAACGAGAUUCUAGGAUUCUAGGAGAGAUCUUAUUUUUUAUCUUUUCCUAGAGUCCGAUUGUUUUUUGAUUGUAGCAAAAUAUCGAAAUAGAAAAUCUUUUCUAUUCUAUUUAUAUAGAAUAAUACUUGUUGAUUCCCUUCUUUGAGCGGAACCUUUAUGAGAUAAGAUAAAAUAUCAUCUUAAUGAAUACAGUAUACCACAUUAUGUAGUGGACAAACAAAAGAAGGGGGGGUUGACCCAACAAUAAGAUUUCGAAUAGAAAAAGGGAAUAAAGAUAGAAUAGAAUUAAGAAUAUAUUACAAUAGAAUUAAACAGAAUUCAUAUUAUUUCCAUUGCGAUAUCCCGAAAAAGUAAAUCAAAUGAUUCCCCUUUUAUUCUUUUUUUACUUUUCUUUCAACUUAAAUUGAAAGAAAUUUUCCUCUGGAAAAGACUUUUUUUAAUCAAAAAAUAAAGUUCAUUUUAAAAAAACAUUAAAAAAAAUUGAAAUGGACUUUUUUGAAACAUUGAAAAAAGUUAUCUAUUGAGUCAUUUAUAGAAUAAGAAAUCUUCUUCUUAUUAAGAACUCAACGGGACCCCCUCGAAUUCAUCAACAAAAAGAGUGGAUCCCUGUUGAGUUCUUCUUACACGUUCAUUUUGCAAACUCAAUUCAUCUGAUUACUACAGGGAUGAACCCAAUCCGGAAUAUGAACCAUAAAAGAAAAUACCAAUUAAACCGAUCACAGGAAUACCAGUUACAGUACCUAUUAUCCAAAGAGGAAUCCUUCCAGUAGUAUCGGCCAUUUAUCCCACUUUCCUCCACAUUUGAUCAGGUAGUCAUGCUAGUGACAUAAACAGUCAUAGAUAAUUAUGAAAUUAUAUCCUUCCGAAUGGGAUAAGAGAAUUCCGAAUACGUAUACGUAUUUAUUCCCUUUCUUCUAUUAAUUGAAGAAAUAAUUUGAAAAUAAAACAGCAAGUACAAAAAUGAGUAAUAACCCCCAGUAGAGACUGGUACGAUUCAAUUCUACAUUUUGUUCGUUUGGGUUUGAUUGUGUCGUAGCUCUAUAAUUCGGAUUAGGUUUAUCGUUGGAUGAACUGCAUUGCUGAUAUUGAUCCCAAAAAAGAAACAGUGGGUACUGCUAGUCCGUGAACAGCCAACCAUCGUACUGUAAAAAUUGGAUAGGUCCUAUCUAUGGUCAUUGGAGCCUCCUAAAAAGAUCUACUAAAUUCAUCAAGUUGGUCCAAAGGAUCAAAACGGCCAGUUAUUAAUGGAAUUCCUUGUCGGUUCUCCGUAAAAUACUCGUUUGGCCGAGGGCUUCCAAAAACAUCGUAAGCUAAACCCGUGCUGACAAAUAACCAACCCGCAAUGAAUAGGGAGGGUAUAGUAAUGCUAUGAAUAAUCCAGUAUCGAAUACUGGUAAUAAUAUCAGCAAAAGAACGUUCUCCGGUGCUUCCAGACAUGUUGAGCUCCACAUAUUCUUGUACAGUCAAAGGGGGAUCGAUUCCAUAAAAGAUGAGAGCAGUAAGUAGAAAUUUACUGAGAAUCAUCCUUGUUAGAUCGUCAAUAUUGUACCCAGGGUGUCUUUCGAGUAUACCGAAUCAGUAUAGCUAUCCUUCUUCGGACACAGCAACGAAAUUAAAAGAUUCGUGCUGAGAUCAAGUACUAGAUUCUUUCUAACUUGCUUGUUGGUUGUAUCAAUGCAAUGUACUCAAUACAAAAUUCCGCAAAGUUUAAGAGUCUAAUGGAUCUUUAUAGUAUAAGAUGAAGGUUCUCCACAUGUUAUUAAUUAAUAUAUAUUCAAUAUUAGCUUCGGAUUACAAACCGAAGAUCAAUUAAAUUGUGACUCCCAUGGACUGACUUGUAUUUGUUUUUGAUAAUUCAUGACAUAGAUUCUCCUAUUUUAUUUCUCCAAUUCAAUUAGAUGCCAAAUCCGGAAAGAGUGGUUGUGGAAGAUGUUUUCUUGUUGUUACCCCCCUUUUUUGAAGAAAGAGUUGAAUUGGUUAGUUAUCCAGUAACAAGUAAAAAAAAUAGCAGUAAUCGAUACUUUCUAUUUGAUGACAGAAAAAAAAGACUCUUUCGUGGUUGAUAGAGUUUUCUUUUUAAAUAAGAUAUGGAAAGACAAAAAAACUGCGGAACCCGAGUUUGAGGGAUGGGAUCUCAUAUCCUUUUUCUUCUGUUGUAGUAUAGUAAAGGAAUGGAAUCCACGACUAAAUCUAAUGAUAAAAAAGUGAAAGGGCAUUCUAAGGUAACUCGUUUUUUGUUUUAAAUAAAAAAAAUAGAACAAAUUACAUACAAUAAAAAAGAGGGGGGCCCGAUUUUUCCGAUUUUUUUCCAUAGAAAUUCAAGAAUUAAGUUAAACAACAAAGUUCUUUUUUAUUAUUAUAAAUAAAAUUAUUUUAUUAAUAUCUUUUUUUAAUUCUUUAUUUAAAAUUAUUAAAUAUUUCGAAAUAGAACUGAAUAAAUAUUCUAUUUUAGAAUAGAAAGAAGAAAUAGAAAUAUUCUAGAAACUAGAAAAAAAAAAAAUAAUUUGAAAUUCUUUUUGGAUUAUUUUACUCAACUUACGAGUUGCUCAAAAAAUCUGUUGAUUUUGAACCACAGGAUGGAUAGUUGUCAUAGGUGAUGAAUUGAUUUCUUACCGAUGUCACUCUAUUUUUGUUCGUCUAUAAUGAUUGAGAAAUCCACAAAUCUCAAUUGUAUUUCUCAAAUGGUAUUUUUUUCUUCUUCUCCUAUUCGAUUGUAUUUCCUUGGAAACUUAGGGAAGUGCUUUGUAAACAUACGUAUAAAAAGAACUUAUUUCAUUUAGCUUCUUUAUGCCCACUAUAACUAGUUAUUUCGGUUUUCUACUAGCGGCUUUUAGUAUAACCUCAGCUCUUUUUAUCAGUCUGAGUAAGAUACGACUUAUUUGAUUUUCAAAUUGGAAUUGAAUUAGAGAUUUUCUAAUACUACUAGAUAUUCUUGAGUUCUUUAUCAUGUUAAUUUCCAAUUCUUGAUCAUUGAGAUUCGUGGUCAAUACAGAUUAAUUAAUAUUUAGUUUAAGUAUAAAGGAUAUAUAUUACCUCCCCUUUUCCUUCCCUUUCAAACAAAAAAGAAUGAUUGAAGUUUUUCUAUUUGGAAUUGUGUUAGGACUAAUCCCUAUUACUUUGGCUGGAUUAUUCCUAACUGCAUAUUUACAAUACCGACGUGGUGAUCAAUUGGACCUUUGAUUAAUUAACAUCUCGUUUGUUUAGUGAUGUUUAUUGACCUCCUAUUUCUUUUCUUUGUUUUAACCACAAUCCCCAGGAGGUCAAAUUCAGCCUUUAAACUACUGUUUAAUUAUUUCAUUGUCAUUCUCCAAUAUAACAAGAAUGGAAUCACGCUCUGUAGGAUUUGAACCUACGACAUCGGGUUUUGGAGACCCACGUUCUACCGAACUGAACUAAGAGCGCUUAUUAUUUAUUUUUUUUUAAUAACAUAAUAAUAUUAUAUUAUUAAAAUAUUAUUAAAUUUUAAGUGACCCCAAUACAUCUUGCUUGCAUAUACCAUAUGCUAUAUAUAAAUAUUGAUAUAUAUGUAUCUCCAAUUUGAAUCAGUCUCAAUUGAUCCCUUGUUACUUCUCCUACGAUAAGUAUUAGUUCGAGAUAGGGAUGACAGGAUUUGAACCCGUGACAUUUUGUACCCAAAACAAACGCGCUACCAAGCUGCGCUACAUCCCUUUCAAUUGGUUUCCUGUGUCAUUGUAAAGAAUCUUUGUCUUGUUUUCCACAUUUUCUCCGUUGUAUAUAUAUUAUAUAAUAUAUAAUAAUAUAUAAUAUAAUUAAGAAUAUAAAAAUUCUUAUAUUCUAAUCAGAAAAAUUUUAAUAUAAUAAUCAAAGAAAGACUUCUUAAGUUAAUAAAUAAUUUAAAUAAUAAUAAAUAGGAAAUUUCCCUAACAUGGAAAUCUAUUUCAUUUUUAUGGAAUGUUCGGGCAGAAAUAGACCCCUUUUUAUUAGUUAUUAGAAAACAAAAAAGCUAUCGAAUGAAUCGUUGUACAUUUCAAAUUUGAAUUAAGAAUUCGGCAGAAAAUCCAAGUGGUUAUUAACAAAAUAACUAUUUUUUGAUAGUCCUAUAUAAAAUUAUGUAUUAGAAAUUGAAAUAAAGAAAAAGGGAGGAUUAAAAAUGCGAGAUCUUAAAACAUAUCUCUCCGUGGCACCAGUGGUAAGUACUCUAUGGUUCGGAGCUUUAGCGGGUCUAUUGAUCGAAAUCAAUCGUUUUUUUCCGGAUGCAUUGAUAUUCCCCUUUUUUUAAUUAUAGUUACUGUCACAGGAAGCGGUGAAGAGGAUUCGAAAUCGAAAAAAAUAUCGAAAAUUCCUCCUAUUUUUUUUUUAGAAUUCGAAUCGAAUAGAAUAAGUUAGAAAAGAGAAAGAAUAAAAGAAAAGGUGGAUUUGUCCUUCGCGAAACUCGAAAUCUGGUACAGGCUUCAAUGGAAUUGAAUGAAUAAUUCAAUUCCAUUCUUAAUAUUAAGAGAGUAAGACCGGAAAUGGAAAUAGAAUAGUUAGGUUGGGGGCAACAAUAUCAUUUAAGAUACUUAAAUGAAAACCAAAAUACUGUACUGCGAUUCGAAAAAUUGUUUGAAAUCCUUGUUUUGUUUGUAUUACCUCAAUUUUCCGGUAAUAUAUUAAUUGAAACGAAAUUGGAUUUAGAAUUAUCAACUUUUAUUUCUUUGUCAUUCCUUUCUUCGUCGAAUACAAAAAUAGAUAAGUGAAUCCAAAAUCAAAAGAAAAGGAGGUUCAUGGCCAAGGGUAAAGAUAUCCGAGUAAGGGUUAUUUUGGAAUGUACCUGUUGUGCUCAAAAGAGUGUUAAUAAGGAAUCGACGGGUAUUUCCAGAUAUAUUACUCAAAAGAAUCGACACAAUACGCCCAGUCGAUUAGAAUUAAGAAAAUUCUGUUCUUGUUGUUGCAAACAUACGAUUCAUGCAGAGAUAAAGAAAUAGAAAGCAGAGAUAAAGAAAUA